UAAUUUAUUUAUUUAUUAUCCUCAUUUUAAAGAUGAGAACACUGUGGCCCUGGGAGGUGCCAUGACUUGCCCAAGGUGUAGUGCAGGGGUAGCUGUUUUAACGGAGGCUAAACAUACCACUAGUCAGUCAAAAGAGAGAGGUGGAAUUAAUUCUCUUUGCACUGAAGUCCUGAUGAGGUAGAUUUGUGGAGAAUAAGAGGCUCCUCCUCUUGAGGUUGUCCAAGUCCCGGUUUCUUUUCCUCUUGUUGCUCUGCUGCCCCCAAGCUUGCUGGUCAGAGGCAUAGCCCAGCAGUCCUACUGCAGUCCUGCCAGUAGGAAACGACCUACGGUAGGGGUGUGACUGACCUUCCAGCUCAGUGCCAGAUCUGGGAAUGGCCCACAUCCUGUCUCCUCUUUAUCCCACUGGCCAGAACUAGUCACAUGGCCACACCUAGCUGCAAAGCAGCCUGGGAAAUCCAGUCUUCUCUGGGUGGUGGGCUCAAUCUGACUAGGUGGAGGCACCCUUGGCCAUUUACAGCUGGGUCAGGGGAAGAUGCUGGCAAGGGAGGAGCUUAACCAAAGACCCAGAUUUGCAGGUCUUUUGUUUCUUAAACAGUUUUAUACAUCUAAUUCACGUACCGUGUGGCUCACCUAUUUAAAAGCCGCAAUUCUUUGACUUUUAGUGUAGUCAGAGCUGUGUAUCCAUCUGGCAAUCAACUUUAGAAUAUUUUCAUUGCCCCUAAAAGACACCCUGCUUCCUUUGUCCAUCACUUCCCUUACUCCCCUUCUUCAUCCCUAAACAACCAGUAAUUUACUAAUUUCUAUAGAUUUGCCUAUUCUGGAUAUUUCAUGUAAGGGAUAUCACACAAUGUGUAGUCCUAAAGGACUGACAUCUUUGCUUAGCUUGUUUUUGAUGUUCAUCCAUGUUGUAGUGUGUAUCAGUACUUCAUUCUUUUUUUUUUUUGUAAACCAACUGUAGUUCAAUUAAAAAUACUAGUUUCAGCCUUUUACCUCGUUGCAACCGAGAAAGCAACAUGGGUCACCAGCAGCUCUACUGGAGCCAUCCGAGAAAAUUCGGCCAGGGUUCUUGCUCUUGCUGGGUCUGCUCAAACCGGCACCGUCUGAUCCGGAAAUACGGCCUCAAUAUGUGCUGCCUGUGUUUCUGCCAGUAUGCGAAGGACAUCGGCUUCAUUUAAGUUGGACUAACUGAACUUCCUUAGAUGGCUCAUCCAGCACAUCACCCCUAGAUGAAAAUAAUACUAGCUCUUUGUUUAUAAAAUAAAAGUUUUCAAAACUUCAAAAAAAAAAAUAAAUA